AUGAUUGAUGGUUUAUUUAUAUUCUAUUUGCUGACUGUGGUUUUUCCAAUUUCUUUUAUCUUUUGCGCUCCAUCCAAGACGAGAAACGGCGAAGCUGAACACGGGUAUCCACGUCGUCGUGAUCAAGGAUGUGUGAUCGAGGAUGUGACACAACGAAGUCUCACACCACCACAAAUCAAACUUAUCACCUUGUCAAGAACCAACGGACUCGAGGUGCAACGGCAACGAAUCUCCAGACUACGAAAAGUCCGAAGAAGAUACUCCUAUGAAGAGACGCUCGAUUUCGAUGACGACGAUCCGACAUUAAUCAACGUUCCCUCGAUUCGUUUCUCAUUUCCCGACACGAUCCAUUCAUUCGAUUCAUCUCUUCUCAUCGCCGAUCAACUCGAGCCAAUCCCCAUUCUUGAAAAAAUUAAAGAA